AUGGCAGUCGGCGUCCAGGCAGUUGCCUCACCCGAGGACGCCGUAGCCGUUGCCCAAAAUGGCGCCGAAGAGGAGAAACAAGAACAGGAAAAUAAAACCUAUGAAGUCGUCAUGGGUGGGACGAGUGGUGCUAGAACGGGACCAAAAAGUGGUCUGUUUGCCAGAUUAGCAAGACUCGACGGCACGCAGAAGUACACGUCAUUGCAGCUGAAGUUGUUGUGCUCGGCGAUAAACUUCUUCUAUAGGCAUAUCAGGUAAUGUGAUUGAUGGUCUUGUUCUACUCGAGAAAUUUUCUAGAAAUUACAAGCACAAUAUCACUUACGCACAACGUACAAAUUGUCAUUUGACGUUAAGUAUGAGUUUUGGUUUUCCUCCGCUUCUUUCAGGGACGACGAAGAUGUCCGCAACAGAAUGGCGAAUAACGAGGCUUUCAAGUUAUUCUGGGAGAUUCAGUACCACGACAAACCUGAAUUACAAGAAGUCUUCCGCAGUUCGAUCACAGACCGGUCAGCACUGCAUAUAUCUAGCUUCAUUCUGUCGAUCUUGCACCAGGGGAUUUUCUCAGUGUCGGCGUUUAUCUGCAGUGUCAUAUACCUUUCGCGGUUUAAGGAGCUGUCGCACAUCACGCUGCAUCUGACGACAUGGAGGCCGUUGUUUCUUAUGGUUCGAAGUUGAAGUUCAAGUUGUCAAUAAUAUUCAUACUGGAUUCACUUUCAUUGCUAAUCCAUCAUCAUCAAACCACAUCCUCAUCCUCAGCCUCUUCUAGCCCCCUUUCAUGUCGCUAGUCACGCUCCUUAUGGCGGACAAGCAGUGGGAGGAUAAGCCUGUCCGAAAUUCCUCUCUCGCCAAACUCUUCCCAGUCCUGACGACCAGAGAGCUGAACAAGUUAGAGCAUUUCGUUUUGGAACGGCUGAACUUCAACCUCUUGAUCAAGACAGAUUUGUUCUGCUCCUUCUGCAACAAGUUGCUUCAGGAGGAAGUGAAUUCCGUGAUUGUGGAGGGCGCACAGAGCAGCGACUACGGCAGACAGUUGAUGGAGAAUGAUCCGCCUCAGAAUGUCCAGUCUUUGGAUGGUAUUACUGAUUGUUCGUAGUUUAGAGUGAUCAGGCAUCCAUGAUGAAAAUUGCCGAGACCUCGUAAGAAAAAUUUCGAUGUAACGCUUAGCGCGACAAAUCUUCAUCCACAACCUACCAACAUUUGCCAUUUCCGUUUCCUUAACACUCUGUAGAUCUCUCCCGUCCUCUGCAAGUCGAAAUGGAGGACUCCGUUUUCGGCACUUAUCCUAUCGAGGAGUGCCUCAAGGCAACGAAGCCGCCAAGAGAACUUUAUACCGAUAUGUUGGUUUCUGUAGGAAAGCGCGUGCCAAACUAUCGCGCAACUACCGUGACGCAUUCGAGUAGUGGUGCUACGACGGUACCACAUCCAUCAGCGGCAGCUCCAGGAGGUGUGAGUAAGUUGAUGACGAUGUCGUCAGUGCCAUCAGUGGGUGCGCCGCCAGCGGCGGUAGGCAAUAUCUCGAAUGGUACGACAAAUUCAGGGAAUCUGCUAAAUGUGGUAUCUGCGAAUGCACAGCAGUUGCUUGCGGAACGCGCGGCAGCGGCGGCGGAAGGAGCAGUUCCGGGAGCUGCUAGGUAUAUUAUGAGUAAAUUUUGUUUCCUGUUCCGUGAAGAUAUCUUUUUGUGUUGCCCACAUCGAAUCAAUUUGUUCAAUCAUUUUCUAAGAAUCCAUUAAAGAAUUUUGAUAUUGCUGAAAGUGAAACUCCUAACUUUCCAAUUCCACAAAUCCCAAGCCCAACAUUAAUGCACCACCUACAGGAGAGCUCAAAGCAGCGACCCUACCCGAAUCGGUCAAACUUACGACGCACUGGGAACAUCUCAGACGAGGUCGAGUUCUCAAAAGCCGACUUUGAUGAAAUUGGGCAUCAAGCCCAUGAUUUUGUCCACUUUUAAGAACGUGCCAACGAUACUUCGGAAAACUUUGCCAGCAUCUCUCAAUAAGGGUGGUGGGAGUUCAUCAUCGUCGAAAAAUUCGAGUCCAACGGGACCAUCAAGUACGACACCAACAGCGGCGCCAUCGGCGGCUGCGGCUGGCGUGCCUGGUACUAGUCUUACGAGAGUUUUCGUUUUACAGCUGUAUAGAAGCUCGCUGCUAACCCUUGCUACUUACUUAUUUUCAUAAACCAAACUUGUGAAGAUGUACCUUUGAAAGCCAAGAAGAACAAAGAGUUUUAUAGUGCAGACCGCAUUCAUAGUUGACCGCAAAUAUAUAUAAAUCAUCCUUUCCAUUUCCACCUUUCCUCAGGUUCUUCCGGCACUCUCUCCGUGACUACAACCAACCUACAAAGCGGCUUCCUCACUCGUCCACGUAUUGGCUUUUCACGUCAACCCUCACCAUUCGGGCACUACACGAAGACACCACAACAAGCUACUUAUGGUGCCAGCUUGUCGGGUUCCACCAGUGGAGCAGGUGGGUCCUCUGCCGCUUCCUCAGGAGCAUCUGGUGGAUAUAGGAGAGCAGCGAGUGCGGGACCUACACCUGGAAGAAUGGCGAAGCUCGUUGGCGAUCAGACAGUGACUGUUGCACCUCCUAGUGGCGCAAGCGCAACGAACAAUCCAAGUCCAACAAAUUACAGCAACAUGCCCGGAAAUAACAAUGUUGGAAUGAAACUCGUAGUGAAGUCACCGACUACGGUCGGAGCUUCAGCAUCCGCAAGUGGUAGCUCGUCGACCGAAGAAGCCUCAAGCGGUGCUUCGAGUAGCACAGUCGCUGCGGCAGCGAACAAACUCUACGCGCAGUCUUCACCUGCUGCAGCACAAGCAGCGUCGAUUGGACUCAGCAAUGGAGCUGCUACAGCAAAGGAAGGUGCGGGCGGUCCGUCAUCUUCUAGUACAGGCGUUUCUAGCGCUGCUUCUUCCAAAGAAGCACCUAGUAGAGGACCGAGAAUUACUUAUACUGGUGCAGCAGGAGAACCAGGUCGACUAGUGAUCAGGCCAUCUCCUGGAGACGCAAGUGCAGAUCCAUUGAUGGCUUCAGCUUCUGUCAAUUCCUCCUCUUCCAUGGCUCUGGCGCAAGGUCGCGGCCAACUCCAAUCCGGCGGAUCAUCCAGUUCGACUUACGUACAACCAUUUCACGGAGCUACUUCAUCUCCAUCGUCAAAUGCUCUAUUCAUGUCAUCCUCGUCUGGAGGAGGUGUUGUAGGAGGAGGAGUCGUGUCCUCGCCUCCACCAAGCUCUGGCGCAGGAGUGACCGUGAUAUCACAACAGAAGCUUGCAGGUGGUAUUAUACAGGUUUCUUCGAAAACAUCUUCCCCUCCAUCACAACAGGAACAUCAAUCGGGUACAUCUGGUGCUACAAGAAUUUCAUCUAGUAACAACAUCAUAACAUCUACUGGAGUUACAACUACAUCAGGAGUAGCUGGAGGAGCACGCUCCGCCAGUUUGAACCCAGCACCUCAGAUAGUUUCAUCCUCUGGAGGUACUUCAGCUUCGGCAACAUCUUCUUCUUCUUCUGGCGGUUUACCCAGUCGAACUACACCGUCGCCAGCGUUAUCAUCUAGUGUCUUGUCUGGUAGUGUGAAUGGAACUUCUACAGCAGGAGGAGCCUCGUCAUCUGCGUCCACAGGUAGACCCCUGACGUCAUUGAUCAUGCCAGCAGGGAGACCUUUGAACCUGACUGGCGUUCCAAUAGGUGGAGGUCCGCGACAAGAAUGGCGGCCACGAAACCUCAGUCUAGGUAGACCGGGAAGAGCUCAAGCUGUGAUUCCAACAAGGGGCAUUGCGAUCAAAAUGCCAGCUGGAGGCACGACUGCUGGCGUUUCUGUAUCUGGCACUACUGCAACAACUUCUGCGGGAGGAGGUAGUUCGUCAACGUCAGCUAGUGGCGCGAGUUCAGGUAGUGAACAACAAAGUGGAGCUUCCUCAGGUGUUCCACCAACGACACUCGGAGGAGGUGACGCUAACACCACUGCGACAAGAACUACUUCUACCCAACAACAGUCAGGAUCAGCGCUUUACACAAGAACAGACUCGAGACCUCGCUACGCUGUGCCUAGUGUCAAUGCUAGUCCCAAUAUGUCCCAAGCGGGGACGCCACACAUGACGCAAGCGCCCAGAAGUCAGAGUCUAGGAAGAAUUGGCUUUGCGCAGCCUCGACUUCUGACCACGACCGCGUUAUCGGGAGGAAGGUUGACGCCAUUUAUUGCGUCACCAGCAACAUUUGGUUCGACGUCGACGGUGACGACGGCGGGAGGAGGUAGAUGAAGUAACUGAUAGAAGAUUGAUUUGAGGAUAUUAGCUGUAGCCAUGAUGUGCAUCGGUGUACUUGGAGAACCGGAGGUAGAAAUCAGUGUACUUGGAGAAGUUCCAGAAGAGAGACCAUCAUGGUGAAUCAGAAUAACAAGUGUUAGCUCACUUCGUACCCAACCUACUAAGCCAAACCUACUAAGCCAAAAAUAAGCAUCAACUACAAGCUUGAUCCGAUCACCUAUAGGUACCCUCACUACCUCUGCGCGACCGCAGACACCGCCACCACAAAAGACAGUCGUCACAACGACCCAUUAUCAACCACCAGCACGAGCCGCUAGUGCUCCACGAGCUGCUAAGGGAGAGCCUCAAGUCAUUAAACAAACGGUCGGAGGUGCAGGGUUGGCGACACCGACAAGGCCGCUUGUGGUAAUUUUUACUCGAUAUGUCACGCAUUUGUGGUCGUGGUCCACGUCCAAUACUUUUCUAGUAAGAACCUUAGACCAGUGGCAACAGAUAAGUAACUUUUUCAGGAAUUUUUAUCAUCCCUACGUGUUGUAUGCAUGACCAUGAUCCUUCUUCUUGUGUUUCACGUAGGUCCCAGCCGCAACCCAGCUUGGCGCGGCACGAAACGCGACUAUGCAAAGGGGGGUGAGCCCAAUUCGCCCAUUGUUGAAUUUUCGAGGUCGAUCUCCGAGUCUUCGAACUCAUUUUGCGGGUCCCGCUGCGAUGACUGGUGCGAUUCGUAGAGAUGCGUGAGGGAUUUUCGCAAUGAAGGUAGUCGGGCGCGGUAAUAAAAUCUCUUCUUACAACAACCUUUUUUCCAGCUAUAGCUGUAUAAUACAGAACGAUCAAGUAGUCAUGGUAAUUUAUCUUCUUACAGUAAUAUCUUCAUCAUGCACUUCAUUGUAGGAAAAAACCAAACUUACAACAAUAAUUUUUUGGGUCAUAUAGUUGCUGACUCAUACUCAAUUUUGUCUUGAAACAUCCUUCAUAGUGAUUCAUAAACUGCAGAGAUUUGCAGUAUCAAGAACAGGCUGACUGUGGUACAAGUCGCACAAGAUAUUACGGAUUUAGUGGUCAAUAAAGCGUCUCCUAAUACUUUUACAGAAUAUUCAAUUGGAAUACCAAACCAAGAUGAACGAAGUUUUACUCUCUUUGGGUGUAGAGUCAGAAAUUAGAAACAUAUAAAGCGCGAAUAAAGAUGCUGAGGACAGCGAUCUAUUUCUAAACCAGGUAGAGUAUUCGUUAAAUAUCUCUUCAUUCCUGCAAUACGCAGCAGCUGAAGCUGAACUAUUGUAAAUUUCUCUCUGUUGGUGAGGUGUGCGGCCUGUUAGUAUCCUAGGUAGUAGCUGUUUAUUGUUAUUUCCACCGUAGGCGAGCUACGUUGUGGUAGAAGAUUUAGUACAACACUCCUUAAGGAGCUUAAGAUACUUAGAGGAUCUUCAUGAAAUCAGUGUUGAUAGAUGAUACGACUCAUAUUUUUUUUCAGACUCGUUAUCUGUCUCAAAGUAGACACUUGCAUGACAAAAGAUGUUUACACGAAUUAAGUGGUGCAAAAAAGGACGAUCUGAUUCUGAGGUGAACGCCUCAUCUCUCCGUGGGGACGAACCUAUUACCCAUAGGGCUCAUCAUGUUCACUGAAUGAUGGAUGUUGCCAGAAUGGAAUCGAACAUGUUCUUAUCAACAUAUGUAUCUUUACCGCAGCGAAAACCUUAAUACGCGAAAGUAGACAAUAAUAGCCACAAAAGAGGUGCCAUGACAUGACAAACCAUU